CUGCUCUGUUUCUCCAGUAUACUCAGCUAGUCCUGAAUUCUGCAAGAGAGAAAAGGGAUAUGGAGCAGAGGCAUGGUGCUGUCAAGAAAAAGGAUGUGUCAUAUGAUGACUCCAUAAUGGACUUCAGCCCGGAUGCACCCAAUGGCAUCGCGAUGGAAGGUUACCUGUACAAGAGAGCCAGCAAUGCUUUCAAAACAUGGAGCAGGCGCUGGUUCUCCAUUCAGAAGAAUCAAUUGGUUUACCAAAAGAAACAUAAUGAGCAGAUCACUGUUGUUGUGGAGGACUUGCGCUUAUGCACCGUGAAGCCCUGCAGUGAACAAGACAGACGAUUCUGCUUUGAGGUGGUCUCUCCCUCCAAGUGAGUCUCCCUGUGUGUCUGUACACAAAUCUGUCAGAACUGGAAUAUAAUGUGUAUGUGUGUUUUAGAGGAUGCAACAUUUUUCUGGUCCCUGUGUUAUUG